AUGGGAGCUGCAUCGUCAAAACAACAAUCGGAUACCUUGGUGUUAAAACCUAAUGUCGAUUUGAACCUCUCAGAGACCGUUUUGACUCAAUUAGACAGAAACAUCGAUACAGAUUCGAUAAGACACAAAAAGGCAGAGAAGUAUAUUGAGGAUAAGGUAUCUGAAAGGUUAGUUGAGCUAGAAAAUGAAACGCUAAAGAAAUUUGAAGAUGAAUUAGAAGCAUCCUUGCUUACCGAACAACCAAAUGAUACUUUCACAUCAAGUGAGUUGGCAGAAAAAGUUAAACAGUUAGAACAGAGAUUAAAUAGGUUUAAGGAAUUAGAAGAUAAAAGAAAGAAUAAAUAUGAUUCAGAAGAUGGCAUAAGGUCACAACUAAAGGAAUGUUUGUUAAAAAAUAAGGGGAAGCCAUUGAAUUGUUACGAAGAAAUGAAGCAAUUCAAUAAGCUGGUUCAAAAUCAAUCUUGA